UAUAGUAAACACAUUCUGAUGUGCUGUUAUGGUCAUCAUCCAUAAAGAGGAAGGAAAGGACAGUCAGUUGCUAUAAAUAUGUAUCAACCACAGAACUGACACUUACUAGCAGUUCCCACUCACUACCAGUCAGUUAACUCACUGUACAAGACCUCUCCCCUUCAGUCUGUAAGUACUCUUGAGAUCUUGAAAUAUGUUUUUUUGUUUUUAGCCGUAAGUCAUGUACUCAAGGGUCUCAGACUUGGAGUGCUGAUCUAGGAUCAGGUCCUCCUGGUCCAUAUAAUUAUGAUCUAAAUGGAAAACUAGAUCCUACUCUGGGGCACUUGGUGAAUACGAACACUAUCAUAUAAUGAUGAUAUAAAAGAUAUGUGUGACUUGUUGUUUAUCCUCACAGCUUGGGGAUAGGAGUUCUCAUUCAAGCUGGUGGUAAAUGCCUUGCUCAAAAUGGCAGAUUUUUCCACCUUGCCAGGUCCGGGAUUUGAACCAGUAAUGUUUCAGUUACUGGCCCAACGUUCAUAACCGCUAUGCUACCUGCUGAUACCACUGACACACCAUAUUACCAAACUAUUAUGAUGGAUGUUAUUUACACACCAUCCUCUCAAGGCUGUGAUGAUGAUGUGUUGUUAUUCUGCAUCCCAAAUGACACCAUAUUCCCUAUAGAGUGCACUACUUUUGACUAGAGUCCUACCUGCUGCCCCUGAUGGUAUGUAUGUAGUUAGUCACCAGCUAUAGAGUGCACUACUUUUGACUAGAGUCCUACCUGCUGCCCCUGAUGGUAUGUGUGGAGUUAGUCACCAGCUAUAGAGUGCACUCCUUUUGACUAGAGUCCUACCUGCUGCCCCCCUGAUGGUAUGUGUGUAGUUAUUCACCAGCUAUAGAGUGAGUUGUUGUUUAUGUUUCUAAGACUGCAGGGUGGGAGAUGCAACAAUGGCCUUGAGAACAGCAGGAAGUGUGUUGGUGGUCUUUCUCUGGUCUGUAGCAGUGGUACUGGGUCAGUAUGGCUGGAGUGUGACUUACACCACUCAGAGUAUCUGUACCUUGAAGGGGUCAUCAGUGGAUCUGUUCUGCUCUUACACAUAUCCCAGAGGUAAAGUCACAACAACCUUCUGGUUCACUGAAUGGGGGACUGGUGUAGAACCUAAAGAUCUAGGUCAGGACCCAGAGUAUGCAGGUCGUCUGGAGUAUCAUGGAGAUAAGAAGAAAGACUGUACCCUGAAAAUCACAGACCUGAGAGAGAGAGACUCAGCUACGUACAAUUUCAGAUUCAUAACAGAUCAGACUGAAGGGAGAUAUUAUGGUGAUCCUGGAGUCACUCUGUCUGUUACAGCUCUGCAGGUAAAGCUGACUUAUUCAAGUUGGCAAAAUUGGGUGACACUGACCUGUAGCACCACCUGUACUCUGAGUAACCCCAACCCCACUUACAUCUGGUAUAAGAAUGGACAACAUCUAGAUGAGAGCACCUCCCCCCAGUACAAAUACUCAGUCUCCAGUAACUAUGAAGACAAUUACUCCUGUGCUGUAAAAGGCCAUGAGGAUCUCCACUCUCCUGCAGUGUGUGUUCAGGGUCAGCGCUGCAACAGAGUGAAUUACAAUAAGAUGAGAAUCUGUGUCUUGAAGUGGUCAACAGUGGACAUAUCCUGUACUUAUGAUGGUUAUUAUGACACCACAUCAUCAUUCUGGUUUAGAAGUGAUAAGUCAACCCCUGAAGACCUAACCAGAGACCCAGGGUAUGUAGGUCGUGUGAAGUACACUGACAAAGAGAGAUGGAGAUAUAAAGGUCCCUUCACCCUGAGAAUCACAGAUCUGAGAGAGGAGGACUCAGCUGAGUAUCGCUUCACUUUUAAAACAGACAACAUUGAAUGGGGUCAUAGUUUCCCAGGAACAACUCUGUCUGUCACAGGUCUGCAGGUGAAGGUGACUCCUGCUGCAGAGGGACAGAAGACACUGACCUGUAUCACCACCUGUACUCUGACUGACAACCCCACCUACAUCUGGUACAAGAAUGGACAGAAUGUACAAGGUGUCUCCUCCCCCAUGUACUCCAUCAGCAGUGAGGAUGCAGACAGCUACUUCUGUGCUGUAAAAGGCCGUCUCAGCUCUCCUGCAGUGUAUAAACCAAAGAACACCUCAGUGUCAGUCAGUCCCUCUGGUGAAAUAGUGGAGGGCAGUUCAGUGAUUCUGACCUGCAGCAGUGAUGCCAACCCACCUGUGGAGAGUUACACCUGGUGGUACAAGAAAAAUGGAGGUGACUAUCAGAGUAUGACAGGACCACAACAUGUCUUCAAUCAAAUCCAGUCAUCUGACACUGGAGAGUACUACUGUGAGUCCCAGAAUGAGAUGGGGACAGACAGGUCUAGGACCAUUAACAUGGAUGUGAAGUAUGGCCCAAAGAACAUCUCAGUGUCAGUCAGUCCCUCUGGUGAAAUAGUGGAGGGCAGUUCAGUGACUCUGACCUGCAGCAGUGAUGCCAACCCACCUGUGGACAAAUACACCUGGUACAAGAAGAACGUAACCUCACCAAAAGCAUCAGGACAGAGUUACAGCAUCACUAACAUCAUCUCUGAGGACAGAGGAGAAUAUUACUGUGAGACUGAGAAUAAAUAUGGACGUCUCAACUCUUCUUCUGUGUCUGUGGACGUUCAGUACUCUCCAAAUAACAUCUCAGUGUCAGUCAGUCCCUCUGGUGAAAUAGUGGAGGGCAGUUCAGUGACUCUGACCUGCAGCAGUGAUGCCAACCCACCUGUGGACAAAUACACCUGGUACUUUCAAAAUGAGACUUUUCUAAAUGGAUGUGGACAGAUGUACAACAUCAGUAACUUCAAGUCUAAGGACAGUGGACAUUACCACUGUGAGGCCUGGAAUAGAAGAGGAUCUAGGAACUCUACAGCUGUGAUGAUCAUUUUACCAGGGAAACAAACAGUUCUGACUGCAGCUGUAGGAAUCAUAGUGGUGGUUCUGGUUCUCAUCCUCUGUCUCUCUGGCUUCAUGUGGUUCAGGAAGAAGGCCUCCAUAUCCACCUCUGACACAAGAGACACAUCAGAGAAAGUACAGGGAGACUCUAGUCCAGUGUAUGAAAACGUCUCAAACAUGGCCGUGACCCCUACUGCAGCACAGACAGAGUCCACAGUCGACCAGGAUGAUGUUCACUAUGCCAGCGUCCACUUCUCUCGCUCCAAAAACCAGGAAGUGCCUCUGUACUCCACCGUCCAGCUGCCUCAACCCCAGAAACAGGAAGAGGAUGUCCAGUACGAUGCUGUGAAAUUCAACCUCCCCAGUGCUGCCACCCGCUUAUUCAUAUGCUGCUACUUAUUGGAACGAGAAGACCAUGAUGUCAUCAAUAAGCAAAAGAGUUGACCCUCAGUGGCCACUAGUGAUGUCAUUUCAUUAAACUACAAACCUAACAAUGGAAAUCUCAAGACAAUUCCCAUGUCUAUAAUGAGAGAGUGGUGGUUUUGAGGAACUGUUCUGUGUUCCAAAUGGAACCCUAUUCCUUAUUUAGUGCACUACAUUUCACCAGAACCUUAGAGGCCUUGCUCAAAGUAAUGCACUAUAAAGAGUAUAAGAAGGGCUUUUUGGGGAUGCAGAUUCUGUUUCAUUUCUGUUUCUCUCUCCUCAGACCCACAGCAGCACAAGCAGCUGAGGAGGAGUCCUCUGUUCUCUACAGUACAGUCAACUAACCUGAACCAAGAAGACCUGAACACAACAAACC